AUGAGUCGACCUGCAACGCCAGCUACUGCUGGAUCAGUAGCGUCUUCGUCAGUCCCAGGCAAAUUCCGGUGGCGUGUCGAUGCCGAGAAGAAUGUGGUGGUGUGGAACUUUGAGCGUCGAGGGUGGACCAAGACCGAAGGCGACGACUGGAACAUCUACUGGGCCAGCAAGACCACUAUAAAAACCAUCUUCAACCCGGAGACUGGGGUGCGCCUAGUGGACGGCCAAUACAUCAACCAUUUUCCAAACCACUACGAACUCACUCGCAAAGAUCUCAUGGUCAAGAACAUCAAACGCUACAGGAAGGAGAUGCUAGCUGCAGCUCACGCCACGACGACAGAAGCGGGUAGUCCAACGCUGUGCUCUACCGACUCGCUAGACUUUUUCCCGACUACAUACACGCUGCCUGCAGACUAUUCGCUGUUUGUUGAGGAGUUCCGACGCAAUCCGAACGUCAUGUGGAUCAUGAAGCCAUGUUCUCAGGCACAAGGCAAAGGGAUUUUCAUCAUUAAUAAGCUCUCCCAGACCAAAAAGUGGGCCAACCAACGCUGGACGAACAUGCCUAUUAAGGAAGGAUAUGUGGUCUCACGGUACAUUGAGAACCCGUUGCUUGUCGGAGGGAAGAAGUUCGAUCUGCGUAUGUACGUACUAGUACUGUCCUAUCGCCCUAUGCAGGCGCUAGUGUACCGUGAAGGGUUUGCUCGCUUCUGCAAUGUAAAGUACUCGGCUGCUGUGGAUGACAUGGACAAUCCGUUCAUGCAUCUCACGAACGUGGCUGUGCAGAAGAACAAUGAGGACUAUAACAGUAACCACGGAGGGAAAUGGAGUGUGUCCAAUCUGUGUCUCUAUGUCGAAGCCACACGCGGCCGUGGAGCAGGAGAAAAGCUGCUUCGAGACAUCCACGGUGUCAUGUUGCACGCGCUCAAAGCAGUACAGAACGUGAUCAUCAACGAUCCUCACUGCUUCGAGUGUUAUGGCUACGACAUCAUCGUGGACGACAAUCUCAAGCCGUGGUUGGUGGAAGUGAACGCAUCUCCAUCCCUUACGACCACGACACCCGAGGACCGCAGUAUGAAGAGUCGACUGCUUCGAGAUGUACUCGAGCUAGCAGUGGCAGCAGAUGCCGGACCCGAUCAACGUCGGACUGUUCUCCCCCCACCCACACUCAGUCCAACGUCAGGCUUUUCGUGGCUGUUAAAUGAAACGACUCAACUCGAAGCUGAUCGAUUGAAAGCCGACGCACUUCGUAGAAAUGCGAAACGAGCAUCAAGUGCUCAAUGGCGGUAA